CUUGAGCGGGAGGAGGGAGGCUGUGCUGUGAGCGCGGACCGGGCGCAGGGCGCAGCGAAGCCCCAGGCACCCACCGACGGGCGCAGCGGAAGCGAGCCGAGCCGGGAGGCGCGCUCCGGGCCGAGAACCGAGCCGAGGCGACUCGGCCGCUGCAAGGACGCGCGGGCGCCCUCCCCGAGCCCUGCUCCCGCGCCUCGGCGCUCCGGCCAGCAUGAGGCUCCUGUCCGCCGCGCUGCUCCUGCUGCUCCUCGCGCUGUGCGCCGCGCGCGUGGACGGGUCCAAAUGCAAGUGCUCCCGGAAGGGGCCCAAGAUCCGCUACAGCGACGUGAAGAAGCUGGAAAUGAAGCCAAAGUACCCGCACUGCGAGGAGAAGAUGGUUAUCAUCACCACCAAGAGCGUGUCCAGGUACCGGGGGCAGGAGCACUGCCUGCACCCCAAGUUGCAGAGCACCAAGCGGUUCAUCAAGUGGUACAACGCCUGGAACGAGAAGCGCAGGGUCUAUGAAGAGUAGGGUGAAAAACCCCUGCUGGGAAAACUCCACACCAGAUGGGAGAUGAGCAAAGGACUUUGCUGUUAAAAAAAACAAAAACAAAAAACCCUUUCUUUCUCACAGGCGUAAGACACAGGUUAUAUAUUGUUACAAAGCACUUUUUACCAAGGGUCAGUUUUUACAUUUUAUAUAGUGUGUGGGAAAGGCUUCCAGAUGUGAGACCCACCUCGCUUGUGCUCCAGAUUUCAUCACACGCUGCUUUUUACUGAAAAGGGGGAAACUCAUGCCUUUCCUUUGUAAAAGAUGCUUUUUUGUAUUUGUCCAGACAUCACUAUACAUCUGAGCUUUAUAAGCACCUGGGAGGAUCAGGGAGCUUGGUUGAGACAUUUCAUAGCGGCACUGCUCGGUUCCUUAGCGCGGGAAGCUUCCGCCCAGAGGUCCUGGCGCCUCGGCUCAGCUGCCACGGGCUCCCCGGGCUCCUGGUCAGUCACAGCCUCAGGGGAGCUCUGCAGCGGCCCCACUCACCGGGCAAGCAAGAGCAGGUCUCUCUGCAUCUGUUCUUUGAGGAACUCGAGUCUGGCUGCCAGAGAAAUAAAAUGUGCUUCAUCCCCCUACACUCUAGGAAGCAUUUCCAGAUCCUGGGAUGGCGAAGCAAGUGGUCCUUAAGGAGGGGAUUGGGUGUUCUCUCCCACCUGAGGGUUUGUGAAAGGUUCACCGCUUCAAUAUUUAAUGCUUUAGAAGCACGCAUAGUUCCCGACACGGUUAGUGAAAACCUUAGGAGAAAAUUUAAAAAUUCACAAAUACAUGCACAACAUCCGGCUACAGACACAUGUGGUAUUGACGUGGGAGAACCUUCCAAGCAUGCUCCUUUCCCGUACCUCGAUGGAACGUGCAAUACGGAAGCAACCUACCUGUGACUCCCCACGUGAUUCUUCAACGUUAAGCAGUGCCAGCCUCUUCUGAAAGCUAAGACGACCACAUGCCCUGUCCUUUGUAAAUACACUCUUAAGAACGCCCCCUGCACACACUGCCCCUUCAGUAUAUGCCGCAUUGUACUGCUGUGUCAUAUGCUAUGUAAAUGUCAGAAACCACUAGUGUUGCAUGCAGGUUUCAUAUUCUUUCUAAGACAAAAAGAAAAGUAAUAAAAUAUAUUUGAAAUGUACCAAAA